CCCCUUUCUCGUCGUCCCCAACUCUAUCCUCACUCGCCACCUCCGGCUGCUUGCUUCCACCACGCUAGCGGCGGUGUGUGAAGCAGUGAGCGGCUGGAGACCUGCGACUGCGAGGGAUGGGUGCCGCCGUCACAAUGGCGAGCUACGCCGCCGUCCUGCGCCCGCGCGCCUCGGCGACGUCGCCUCGUCGUCGCGCGGGCGCCGCCGCGCCACCUGCUACCACGCGGCGGGCCGCGUUGUUGCCGGCUACUACUGCGCCGCGGCCCCCUCCGGCGGUCGCCGCCACCACCCCAGUGCGGGAGCCCGUCACGACGCGGCUCUACUCGGUGGCGCCGUGCCCGCUGCUGCUCGCGGCGCUGCUUCCCGGGGCCGAGCCGCUGCGCGCCGUGUUCGGGCCGUUCGCGGAGCUGGUCAAGACGUGGGGCCUCCCGGGCUGGCUCGUGCACUGGGGUCACCCCGGCAACAUGGCCGUGGUGCUCUUUGCAAUGGGUGGCUACGGAACAUACCUCGGCUUCAGGAUCAAGCUGUCGGAUGACCCUGAAGAGAAGGCCAAGGCCAAGGACCUCCACCCGAAGCUCCUCGCCGGCAUGUUCUUCUUCUUCGCUCUCGGUGCCACUGGUGGAAUCACUGCUCUUCUGACCUCAGAUAAACCAAUCUUUGAGAGUCCUCAUGCAGUAACCGGCAUCAUUGGCCUUGCACUCCUUACCAUUCAGUCUAUCCUUCCAACAUUGUUCGAGGGAAAUCCUGCACUGAGAAAUGCACAUGGACUCCUCGGCAGCGGCAUCAUGACCCUGUUUCUAAUCCAUGCAGCAUUCGGGCUUCAGCUUGGUCUCAGUUUCUAAUUUGCAGCCACAACAUCUUGGGUUUGCUUCUUUGUAAUUACUUCUCUGAGACAUGAUUCCAUAGGAGCAUCCCUUCUACAGAUCAAAGAGAAAUGAACCACAAAGCGAUUUUCCCCCCUAACUCUUCACAUUGGAUAUGUUGACAAUAAUUUACACCUUGUGUUGGAUUGUGUUAUUGACGACGACGAAUUCCAUCUUGUUGCACUGACCAUUGUGUUCUGGAGCUUUUAAUUUAGGCGCGUUACGAGCAUGUGUUUUUGUACUGUAUUUCGCAAUUCAAAAAAAAAGUGAAGAAUCAUACAAA